AUGGGGGACUCGGCGAGGACUAAGCGGCGGGAGCAGCUCAAGCGCUGGUCCGGCUCCUGCACCGACAAGGCGUCGGACGUGCCCCGGAGGAGGUGGCGCGGCGAUGCCGGGGACGGUACCGGGGAACGGGAGGCCGAGGAGCGGGAGGCCGAGGCCGAAGACCCGCAGAGGGAGCCGCCGGAGUCGGCCCACAGAGGCGAAAGCAGCCCCGUCCUCAGGAGGCGGAUAAUCGUCACUGCUCCUCUGCAGCUCAAUGGAUCAGGAGGCAUCUUCAAACAGGUCCUGGGUCCGACCCCGGAGAGGUUUAACUUCACCGUUUCAGAAAACCCUCCGAACUCCACAGUCAGACACCUGGGGCUCUCCAUAGCUGCAGACCCCUCAGACUCCCACUUCACCUGCACAAAAAAGAAAGUGGACCUCGUCUUUCUCUUCGAUGGAUCGCGGAGCAUGACAAAAGAAGAGUUUCAAGAGAAUAAGAAAUUCAUUGAAAAAAUAAUGAACAGCCUUAAAAACACAUCAAUUAAGUUUGCAGCAGCUCAGUUCGCCUUUGCUAUCCGGACAGUUUUUGACUUUAACGAUUACACAAAAGGAACUGCUCUGGAGAAACUUUGGAAAGAACCUCACAUGGAUAGUCUGACCAACACACACAGAGGCCUGAAAUUUGUGUUGGACAAUCUGUUUGAAAACCCAGCUGCUGGCGCCUCUGCUGAUGCAGAUAAAGUUCUGGUCAUCAUCACAGAUGGAGAUCCAAGCGACACAAAUUAUGAGAAUAUCAUCGAAACCUACGAUAAAAAGAACAUAGAUCGGAUCUUUUCGAUUGAAGGGACCAAAGGGAUUCGGGCUGGAACGCUGACUAAGGAAAUGGCCCAGAGUGGAUUCAGUGCCGCCUUCCACAAGGACACCUUGGUUCUGGGUUCUGUGGGAUCCAACAGCUGGCGUGGUUCUCUGCAAGAGCAAAGUCAUCAAAACGAUGAGAUUUCGGAUCCAGAAAUGCCGAUGGAUUCGUACAUGGGAUACUCGAUAUCCGUUGGAGAGAGGAACCACACUCGGGUGUACAUGACGGGUGCACCGCGCUUCAAUCACACUGGACAGGUUGUACUUUUCCAGCAUGAGAAAAACAAGUGGAAACUAGCUCAGAGAAUCAAUGGGGACCAGAUUGGCUCCUACUUUGGGGCAGAGCUCUGCUCCCUGGAUGUUAACUCAGACGGUAUCACAGACUUCCUGUUGGUGGGAGCUCCAAUGUUUUUCCAGACUCGGGAGAAAGAAGGAAAACUCUACGUCUACAAUCUAAAUGACAAUAUCCAACUGCUUGAAAAACAAAGCGUGAUGGCGCCGUUUAGGGGUCGAUUCGGCUCCACCAUUUCCAGCCUGGCAGAUCUAAAUGGAGACGGACUCAGAGAAGUUGCGGUUGGAGCCCCUCUGGAGGACGACAACCGGGGGGCAGUGUACAUCUACCAUGGAGACGUGCACAAAGGGAUACGCAGCUCCCACAGCCAGAAAAUCUCUGGAGACCUGAUCCCAGUUGGAAUGAGGUUCUUUGGCCAGGCCAUCGAUGGACGGAUGGACCUCGGUGACGACGGGCUCCCAGAUGUUGUUGUGGGUUCACAGGGUGCUGCUGUUGUCUUAAGAUCCAAGCCUGUGUACAAUGUUACGGCUCGCCUGUCCUUCCAUCCUGAGGAGAUAAACUCUGAGGAAAUCGACUGUCUGCUCAGCAACGAUGUGAAUCUACCCAUGGUCACCUUAUCAGCCUGCUUCGAAAUGAAAGAGGCCACAAAGAGCCGCUCAGGGACGGCCGGCUUUGGACUGAACAUCUCAUACUCACUGAACGUGGAUCCAUUGAGAGGAACUCAUCGAGGUUUCUUCAUUCCAACAAACAGGAAGAGCAGGAAUUUAAAAUCCAACAUCCAUGUGAAGGAUACUGAAACGGCCUGCUUCAACCAUUCCAUCUACAUGCCAAAAUGUGUGAAAGACACGCUGUCGCCGGUCAAAAUCGCGUUGAAUUUUUCCCAAACUGGCCGCGAGAACUCAAGUGCCAUCCUGAACAUGGACAGAAUUACACAGACAUCUGUGGAGGUUCCCUUUCAGAAACGGUGCCGAAAAAAUGACGUCUGCAUCGCCGAACUUGAAGUGGAUUUCACACCUUUGACUUCGGAGUUACUGGUGACUGAAGAUAACUUCUUCAACAUCUCAGUGACUCUGGCCAAUAGCGGGGACGACUCGUACAACACCAGCCUGAGCAUUCACUAUCCUCCAGGCCUCUCCUUCUCCAGGAUGAGUUUUCUGGAGGGCACCAGACCAACGCUGCACAACUGCAGGGACGGAGAAGAAGAAGAAGUUUUGGACCGGACGGUGUGUGAUGUCAGCCUCCCGGUGUUCCGCAGCAGGAUGUCUGCCACGUUUCUGGUUUCUUUCCGUCUCAUCAAAGACUUCUCCUGGAACGACACGAUGCUGAUGACUGUGGCUGCAAACAGUGAUAACUCAAACUCCAGCAGGAUCACCGCGCUGAGCAAAAGCUUCCCGGUACAAUAUCAGAUCAGGAUGGCAGUAACAGUGAAAGAAGAAAGUGUCUCUUAUCUUAAAUUCACGGUGGAGGAAUCUGCACCCCAAAGCCUCCGCACUUCUUACAGGAUCAAUAACAUCGGUUUUAAGGACGUUCCCGUCAACGUGACCCUGGUCUUCCCAACCAGGCUGGAUUACGACUUUGAAAUGAGGAACUACUAUGUUCUUGUGCAGCCGAACAUAACUCAGUGCUCAGACAUCUUUAAGGUGGAAGAUGAGCAUCACUGCCCAGCAGAACUUCACUGCUUCGCCAUGAAGUGUGACGGCUUCCUCCUGAGGAACCGCUCGGCCGUGGACUUCACUUUAGCCGGAGAUGUGGAGUUCAGACACCUCAGACAGCAGGCGGAGAACGUGGCCUUUUUCCAGAGAUACAGCGGACGCAGAGCAGCCGUGAAGUUCAGGAGCUUCAUCCGGGUCGACUACGACCAGAAGAGAUACAAACUGGCUGCUCAGGAGCAGACACAGAAACCUGGGCAGUGGAACGACAACGACCCCACCAUGAAAUCGACUGAGGUUCAGGUGGAGAUGAUCAUCCCCCCGGAUCAGAUGCUGAUCAUUUUAACUGGAGUACUUCCAGGGCUCUUCCUCAUCAUCAUCAUCGCUGUCAUCAUGUGGAAGUGUGGCUGCUUUAAGAGGAAAACAUUUGAAGAUGACCAGGAAGAGGAGACCAAAGCCUCCCUGAGGAGCUCCACCCCCCCUGGGGGGAGUCCUGCCCCCCCCAGAGGAAGCCUGACCAAAUCAGAACCAGGGAAUCCCGAUAAGUCCUCAGAGGAGAUCCUGCUGCCUCCGGCCGAUCAGGCCUGAACCCACCGGCUUUAGUCCGACUCUGAUCUGCUUCAUAAAGCUGAAACAAACAGGAAAACUGUUUUUUAAAUGGACCGUUUAAACACAAAUUGUUAGAUUUUCUAUUUGUUUAUUUCUAAGGCUUAUUACUAAGUUUAUUAUUAAGUUAAGUUAAGUCGCGGCCUCAUGAAAACAAACAGGAAAACUGUUUUAAAUGGACUAUUUAAACACGAAUAUUUAGAUUGUCUAUUGUCUAUAUAUUUUAAGGCUUAUUGCUCUUUUCAUUGUGGAACAAACGUUAAACCAAGAACACGUGUGUGGAAACCAAAGUCCCCUCCGACUGCUUUAAGAAUCAGCCAGCAGUAGCUGAUCAGCUCUGAUUAUUAAUCAGUCAAUGCUCCCAAAUAUACAAACAUAUCAGGUGGAAUUACCUCUUCAU